CAUGAUUUGCUGAUGAACAAUAUACAAUAAUUAAGUUUUAAGGAACAAUUGUACACGGAUUUUCUGAUGUAUCAUAAAUGAAUACGCUUUCACUUUAAAUCGGUAUACUAUGCAGGGUCUAUGACCAGUCAGUGAUGCGUUGCAUAGGGAAGUUACGUGAUGCGUAUAUAGUGUUAUUGAUGCCGACGCCAACAACAAAAUUUGACAGUCUUAUGUAAUUCCUUAUGUUGACAGCGUGUCACUCGGAAUGUUUGUGCGUUCAAAUUGACAUCAUUUAAUUUAGGAAAACUCAAUGGAAGAAACUAACGUUUCGAAAACGCAAGGCGCACCGAAAAUGGACAGUGAACCCAUGACAGUAAAUUCUCCGUCUCAUAGCAUCGCGGGAGCGGAAGAAGAAUCAUCAGAACGAACUCCUGAAUCCGUAACUGAUGAAACAUCAGCUGAUUCUUCAGAAAAAAGCGCAUCAAUACUUAAAUAUGAGGAGGAAUGGGCGGCACUGUGCCACCGGGACGACCCGGGCCUGGAGGAGCUGCGGCGGCGCGCGGUGCUGGGCUCCCUGCGCGCCUCGCGCUUCCGCAGCGUCUGCUGGCGGGCGCUGCUCGGCGUGCUGCCGACCGGCGGCGCCCCGCCGCACGGGGAGGCCUGGCUGGGGGAGCUCCGGCGCUCGCGCCAGCACUACGCGCGCCUCUGUGCCAAGCUGGCCGCCGACCCCUGGAAGGACAACGACCUGCUCGUUCGCGACGACCCACUGUCUCAGAGCUCCGAGAGUAUAUGGCACCAGUACUUCUGUGACAAGGAGCUGCGAGCGCUUAUCAGACAGGAUGUUGUGCGCACAUUCCCCGGUGUUGACUUCUUCCGUAAGCAGAUGAUACAAGAUGCCAUGGUCAACAUACUUUUCUGCUAUGCUCGUGAACAUCCACAGAUGUGUUACAGACAGGGUAUGCAUGAGAUCCUUGCCCCCCUUCUGUUUGUGCUGCACUGUGACCACCAAGCACUGCUGCACACGAAGGAGCAGGUACAAGUCAGUGAUGAGAUAUCUGAGAUACUGAACCCCAAGUUCCUGGAAGAAGAUGCAUAUGCCAUCUUCAGUAGAAUAAUCGGUGGAAUCGCUUCCUGUUACCGGAUAAAUGACUUGACCCCGACGGCGACUGGCUACUUUCCAGCAAACCUGCAGACUCCGUCUCCUGAUGGAGGCAGCGGGAGGUCGGAGAACGAGGUGGUGGCGCAGCUGAACUGGAUCCGCGACCGGCUGCUGGCGCCCAAGGACCCGCAGCUGCACCAGCACCUGCAGCAGCUCGACAUCCCUCUGCCCCUCUUCGGAAUCCGGUGGCUGAGGCUACUGUUCGGUCGGGAGUUUCCGCUGCAGGACCUGCUCGUGCUGUGGGACGCCAUCUUUGCAGAAGGGCAGGACUUCGAACUAGUCAACUACAUCGUCGUCGCCAUGCUCAUCGCCAUCAGGCACCAGUUGCUGUCCAGUGACUACACUGCCUGCCUCACCUACCUCAUGAGGUACCCAGGAGCAGUCGACAUCUCGUACAUCAUCGACCACGCACUGCACCUAAAGGACCCAGAUAAAUACUCGGAGCCGGCAAUAACGUCCUUCCCGACGCUCCCCAACGUCACCGUCGGCGGCCGGGCGGACCUCAACCGGGGCGCGGCGGCGGGCCACACCCACGAGGGGCAGUUCUGCCCGCCGAAGCAGCGCCGCCCGGGCCACCGCCAGCAGCAGCACCACCACCACUACCGGAGCAGCACGGUGCCGCCGGGCGACAAGGGCGGCGACGUCGAGAUCGUGGUCAGCUCGCAGGUGGUGGUGCGCAGCUCGGAGAAGGCAGCCGCGCAGCUCAAGAAGGGCUCCGCGCCCGACAUCAGCACUCUCUCUGGAAGACUGAAGAAGCUCUCUUCGAGGUCUGGACGUUGGGGCGGACCCUCCAAGGGCAGCCAGACCAAGAGGGAUGAUGCAGACGCAGGGAUCGUGGACGGCUACGCUCUUGAUGACCCACUGCUGCUGUACGCAGAGCUGCACCACGCACGCUCCAUCAUGGCCCUGUGUCGGCUGAAGCUGGAGCAGUACCACUCCGACAUCAAGAAGGCGAUCCUACCCACCGAGCACCCGGAUGUCGCCGAAGCACUCAACGGCAUACUCGAGCUGUGCGCACUGCUGACCUCCAGACAGGGUGCGGCACCCGCGGAAGUGGAGCCGGCGCUGGAAGCGGGGGAGCUGCACGCCCACGCGCAGGCCCAGCCCGCGGGCACGGAGCCUCCGCGCGUCUCGUCGGUGCUGCCCCAGCCGACCGGGGGAUACCGGAGGAGCGCCGCACCGCCCGCCCAGCUGCAACUCGGGGCACCGGCCGGCAGUGGCGCCCCACCCGUCGGUGCGCGGGGAGCCCAGCCGCAGCCUCGCGACGUCCAGAUGAAGGUUUUCCGCGAGCACGAGGGCUCGACCAGCUCCGUGGAGGGCGCGCCGGUCGAGAACCCUCUGGCUGCGGCCGUGGCGGCAGCGUGCGUCGGGCCGGAGGAGCAGCCUCGAGAGGCGGCGGAUAAAAUGUAA